ACCCGCCAUUGUAAAGGAGAGAGGUAAUUGAAUACUCAAGUAAAGAAUAUUAUUGUGAGAUUAUAUCUUUCUGAUCCAUAUUACGUUCUUGGUCCACCAUCUGAUCGGGUUAAUCCCAUCAUUGGUGCUUCCAUUGAGAGAAAACUGUGAGAUAAGGCUGUGAGAUUAUGGCCGGACGAAGGACGAGGCGUAACACUGCUGCUUCCGCCCAGUCGACGGUGAGGAGUGACAACCCUGAACAGGGUGUGAUCGUUCCUGUCAAUGGGUUGGAAACAGCAUUGAAUAGUGUGGCUAACAUGAUGACCAACAUUAUGGAACGAUUGGAUAAGGCUCUUCUAGGUCCAUCCGGUACCCGGGACAUCCCUGCCGGGCAACCCCGCCAGGUCCUGCGUACUGCGAGUUCACCUAUCCUCCAAGAGCUUCAUGAUCCGGAGGAAGUUGAGAGGGAGAGACAGGCCAUUGCCAGACGCCGGGCGGAGGAAUUGGCCCGGAAUAGUAAGGUGAAUGGAGAUCGGGCCAAGGAUGCAAGCCGGAUCAUCGGCAAUAGAAACGAGAACCCUCGGGGAUCUGUCUUUGAAAGGAUGUCUCGCCAGAAGGCUCACCGAAACGGCCGUGGCGGGAGCCAAGAGCCGGUUCGGACAUUGGUGGAUUUGGAGGAGGAUGAAGUUCAAAUCCAAGCCAGGGUCCCAGCACCACGGGGUCUGGGGCCGCUGGUACCGGAAACGGGUGAAUUCCAAGAUCUGAAGCAGCAGAUCCAGGAGAUGCAGAGGAAGAUAAACAAGGGUCGAGUAUUCACUACCCGGACGAAUACUCCCUUGGCCCCGGAGAUCUUUGCAGAACCAUAUCCGCAGGGAUUCAAAAUGUCGUUCGUUAAGCGUUAUGAUGGGGAGUCAGAUCCCCAGGAACACAUAAACAGCUAUGUCCAGGUGAUGAUUGCCGUAGACGCCAGUGACGCACUCAUGUGCCGGUGCUUCUUGCAGACGGUUGACAGCAAGGUUGCGGAUUGGGUCAACCAUAUUCCUGCCGGGUCGAUCCGGACAUGGGAUGAAUUGGGAUUGCGGUUCCUAGAGCAUUUUGCCGGGAACUGUCGUCCCAAGAAGCAUUUCACUCACUUGGCUUCAGAUGGACUCCUUCAUACCGAUCUUACAACUCAUCCCCCGGAUACCUUUGAAGAAGCAAUGGUCCGGGCCGGGAGGUAUGUGACCCUGGAGGAGAGAAAGGAGGAGAAGAAAGAGAAGACUCCUAAAGAAGAAGAGAAGGCGAGAAAUAAGAAGCCGUUCAAAAACAAGAAGCAAGGCUUCCCGGAUGGCCCAAAGGGCACAAGUCCUGGGACCUCGGAGAAGCACAAAUCUACCAAUCCAGUCUUCACAUUGCCGGUGGCUAAGGUCAUGGCCCACGCUGCACAGCAGGGACUUAUGACUUAUCCAACCUAUUCUCAAAAGGUUUGCAAUGUGGAGGACACUGGAAAAUGGUGUGCUUACCAUCGCAAGAAUGAUCACAAUAUGGAAGAUUGCUAUACUCUGAAGAAUGAGAUGGCAAGGCUAACCCGCCGGGGUCAUCUGAAGAAGUUCGUACAAGAUGGGGAUGCGGGAAAUCCUGGGAACGCUCAGAAUGGAAAGCGCAGAGAUAAAGAAGUGGCCCAGGCUGAGUCCCGGGAGAAGCGCCACAUUGGGCUCGAAGAUGAAGAAGAGGAUUCGGAACCUGCACCGCAUCGCCAGAAGAGACACCACGGGUGUAACUUCAUCAUUGGAGGGAAUACUGGCGGAGACUCAGCCACAAGCCGGAAAAAAUGGGCAAACGCGGCGACGGUCAACAAGGUGCUGGUCCCAGAAGGAAGUUCCGUUAAUAUCAUGUAUAUGGACACGUACAAGGCUCUUGGUUUGACAAGGGAUGAAUUAUCACCCAUCAAAACUCCACUGACCGGGUUCACUGGUGACUCUAUUGAACCGGAGGGGGUAAUAACUCUCCCGGUUGAGAUAGGGGAUACAAAGGCCACCCGGAAGUUGGACAUGGAGUUUGUGGUGGUGGGGAUAAUCUCCAACACAAACAUCAUCCUGGGCAGACCCGGAUUGGAAGAUUUAGAGUGUGUCAUAUCACCUCGUCACCUGUGCAUAAAGUUCCCAACCCCCCACGGAGUUGGAAUCGCCAGGGGAUCUCAGAGAGUGUCCCGAGCAUGGUAUUUGAAGGCAACCAAACAGCUAGUCAAGUACGAUACCCAAGUGGGAGAGGUGACUGCACAGCUCCUGAGGGCUGAGGAAAAACGUCCCAGGGUGGAAGUUGCUGGCGAUAUUGAAGAAGUGGAACUGGAGCCAGGCACGCCAGGAAGGUUAGUCAGGAUUGGCAAGGGCCUGGGGGCUGAACUCAGAUCACGGGUGAUUUCAAUCCUUAGAAGAUUCAGGAGGGUCUUUGCAUGGAGUCCAGCUGAUAUGCCGGGGCUGGAUCACAAGAUUGCAGUCCAUCGCCUAAAUGUCCUGCGGGAUGCUAAACCAGUGAAGCAGAAACAGAGGCAUUUGUCGCAGGAAAGAAGAGAUUUCGUGAAGAGGGAGCCGGAGCCUGGAGAUGUUCUGACUCUAUACAUGGCAAUUGCAGACUGUGCCAUAAGUACUGUGAUCGUGAGGGAAGAGAUUGGGGCCCAACAUCCGGUCUACUACGUGAGCAAGACCUUGAGAGAUGCGGAGUUAAGGUAUUCCCGUCCACAGAAGGCCAUGUUAGCGAUCUUCUGGACAGCAAAGAGGUUAACCCCGUACUUUCAGGCUCACCAGAUUGUUGUGCUCACGAAUGAGCCUUUGGCGUCACUUACCCGAAGCCCGGCGGCGCCUGCCCGGAUGACCAAGUGGGCAGUCUUCAUCAGUCAGUAUAACGUGGAGUUCAGACCGCGUCUGUCAAUCAAGGGGCAAGCACUCGCCGACUUUCAAGUUGAGUGCACCACCAGGGAAAUGACAAGAGCCCAGGUUGAAACCCGGGUGGAAAAUGACUGGUGGGUAAUGAGCAUCGAUGGAUCUUCUGGGGCUCGAUCUUGCGGAGCAGGUAUCGUCUUGAUCACCCCAGAAAAUUUCCGGAUGUAUUACGCUAUCAGAUUUCAGUUCCGCGUAUCCAACAAUGAAGCUGAAUAUGAGGCCCUGAUCAACGGAUUGAAGAUUCUUGGCAAGCUGGGAGUGUCCAGGGUUCAAGUAUUCAGCGACUCCCGACUAGUGGUGGGACAAAUUACUGGGGAGUUUGAAGCAAAGGAAGAGAGGAUGAAAAGGUACCGGGACUUGUCCUUAGAAAUGUUGGGAAGGUUUGAGUUUAACCUUGAACACAUACCCCGGGCCCAGAAUGCCGAAGCUGAUGUUCUAUCCAAGCUUAGUGCAGAAUCACCAGAAUACAUAAGCCGAUUAGCAACUGUCGAAGAGUUGGCAGCUCCGAGUCUCAACAGAGAUGAAGUAAUUUGGAUAGCAGCGGAUCCCCCGGAAUGGUUGGACAGGUUGGCAAAAUACAUUGAGGACGGUGUAGCCCCGGAGGAUCCCCAAGAAGCACGUCUGUUGCGAAUGAGGGCACCCACCUACAAGGUGCAGGAUGGAGUCCUCUAUAAGCGAUCUUAUAACGGUGUUUUACUCUGCUGCCUCAGGGCAGCAGAGGCAAAGGUACUGAUGGAGGAAAUACACGAGGGAGUAUGUGCUGCACAUCAGGGUCCAUACUCUAUCUCUAGAAGGGCCAUUAUCCAGGGAUAUUUCUGGCCAACGAUGAGGAAGGAUUUCGAAGAGUACGUGCGCAAGUGCCCAACCUGUCAACAAUUUCAGAAUAUGCCCGGGAGGCCAGCCACGAACUACACGCCCAUCAGCUCUGUAAUUCCCUUCUCAAGAUGGGGAAUUGAUAUUGUGGGAGCCCUGCCAAAGGGAGUUGGACAGGCAAGGUGGAUAGUGGUGGCCAUUGAUUACUUUACCAAGUGGGUGGAAGCUGAACCACUUGCCGGGAUAACAGGAAGACAGAUGAUCGACUUCGUUGGAACCAAUAUACUUUGUAGGUUCGGGGUCCCGAAGCAGAUCAUAUCUGACAAUGGAACCCAGUUUGAGGAAGCAGAGUUUCAAGACUUCCUCAAAACAUGGGAAAUUCAGCAUACAAAAGUGUCUGUUGCCUACCCUCAGGCUAAUGGACAAGUGGAGAACGUCAACAGGACAAUCAUAGAUGGAAUAAAAAAGAAGCUGCUUUCAGAAGGAAGUAAAUGGGUGGAUGAACUACCCAGGAUCCUAUGGACAUACAAGACAACUCCAAGGAGAGCUACGGGUGACACUCCUUUCGGCUUAGCCUAUGGUUUCGAAGCCCGGGCUCCCGCUGAGGCAGUAAUCCCUACCCGGAGAGAGAUAGAAUAUGACCCGGAAAUAAAUGAACAGAAUCAAGCCAUAUAACUAAACUUCGUAGAGGAACGAAGGGAUGAAGCACGAGUCCGGGCAGAGAAUUAUCGUCGCCAGGUGAAAUCUUACUUUGAUAGUAGAGUAAAACCAAGGGAGUUCCAGGUGGGGGAUUACGUCCUGAGGAAGCGAGAGAAGAGUCAACCAACUAAGGGUGGGAAGCUGGCUAAGAAAUAUGAAGGACCUUA